AUGGAUAACUCCAGUCCUUCCCUAGGGGAGAAUUUUCAAGAAGUAGUUCACAUGUUGGAGGAAACAUACAAAUGCUUGGAGUGUGGAAUGAACUUCUCUGAUCAAACGCAAUAUAAUGUCCAUUUUGGAAUGCACAGUGGAAAGAAGACCCAUCAAAGCCUGAAGUGUGGAAAGACCACGAUUUGCAGAACAGAGUUCCUUAGACAUUUAAGAACACAUACAGGAGAGAAACCUUAUAGCUGCUCAGACUGUGACAAGAGCUCAGAGAAAUCAGACCUUCUUCAACAGCAAAGAAUUCAUUCAGGAGAGAAGCCCUUUAUCUGUUCGGAGAGUGGAAUGGUGUUCGUGGAUGGAAGAAAGGGUAAUAUACAUUAUUCAAAACACAAGAUAAUAAAGGCAUGUAAAUGCUUUCGGUGUGGAAAAAACUUCAGAUACAGAUCACAGCUUUUUGUGCACCAACGAAUCCACUCAGGGGAGAAACCCUUUCAAUGCUCAGAGUGUGGAAAGAAAUUCAGUCAUACCUUCCUUCUUAAACAGCAUCAAAUAACCCACUCGAGAGGGAAACGUUUUGAAUACUCAGAGUGUGGGAAGAGAUUCAGCAAAAGUGGCCAUCUACAGAGUCAUCUAAAAAAACACACAGGGGAGAAGCCUUUUGAGUGCUCAGAGUGUGGGAGGAGAUUCAGUAAGAGUGGCAAUCUUCAAACUCAUCUAAGAACCCACACAGGGGAGAAGCCUUUUGAGUGCUCAGAGUGUGGGAAGAGAUUCAGUCACAAUGGCACUCUUCAAACUCAUCUAAGAACCCACAAAGGGGAGAAGCCUUUUGACUGCUCAGAGUGUGGGAAGAGAUUCAGUCAAAAUAGCCAUCUUCAAGAACAUCUGAGAACCCACACAGGGGAGAAGCCUUUUGAAUGCUCAGAGUGUGGGAAGAGAUUCAGCAACAGUGGCUAUCUUCAAACUCAUCUAAGAACCCACACAGGGGAGAAGCCUUUUGACUGCUCAGAGUGUGGGAAGAGAUUCAGUCAAAAUAGCCAUCUUCAAGAACAUCUAAGAACCCACACAGGGGAGAAGCCUUUUAAAUGCUCAGAGUGUGGGAGGAGAUUCAGCAAGAGUGGCCAUCUUCAAAAUCAUCAAACAACCCACACAGGGGAGAAGCCUUUUGAGUGCUCACAGUGUGGAAAGAGAUUCAGUCGGAGUAGCAGCUUUCAAGAACAUCUGAGAACCCACACAGGAGAGAAGCCUUUUGAAUGCUCAGUGUGUGGGAGGAGAUUUAGCAAGAGUAGUCAUCUUCAAAAUCAUCAAACAACCCACACAGGGAAGAAGCCUUUUGAGUGCUCAGAGUGUGGGAAGAGAUUCAGUAGGAGUAGCAGUCUUCAAAAACAUCUAAGAACCCACACAGGGGAGAAGCCUUUUGAAUGCUCAGAGUGUGGGAUGAGAUUCAGCAACAUUGGCCAUCUUCAAAGACAUCAAAGAACCCACACAGGGGAGAAGCCUUUUGGAUGCUCAGAGUGUGGGAAGAGAUUCAGUCAGAGUAGCACUCUUCAAGAACAUCUGAGAACCCACACAGGGGAGAAGCCUUUUGUAUGCUCAGAAUGUGGAAAGAGAUUCACCAACAGUGGCCAUCUUCAAAGACAUCUGAGAACCCACACAGGGGAGAAGCCUUUUGAGUGCUCAGAGUGUGGGAAGAGAUUCAGCAACAGUGGCCAUCUUCAAAGUCAUCUGAGAACCCACACGGGGGAGAAGCCUUUUGAGUGCUCAGAGUGUGGGAAGAGAUUCAGUUGGAGUAGCAAUCUUCAAAGUCAUCUGAGAACCCACACAGGGGAGAAGCCUUUUGAGUGCUCAGAGUGUGGGAAGAGAUUCAGCAACAGUGGCUAUCUUCAAAAUCAUCUAAGAACCCACACAGGGGAGAAGCCUUUUGAAUGCUCAGAGUGUGGGAAGAGAUUCAGUUACAAUAGCGCUCUUCAAAGACAUCAAAGGACCCAUACAAAGGAGAAGCCUUUUGAGUGCUCAGAGUGUGGGAAGAAAUUCAGUCAGAAUAGCAGUCUUCAUAGACAUCUGAGAACCCACACAGGAGAGAAGCCUUCUGAAUACUUUUGCGUGUGGGUAGAGUUUCAGUCAGAAUAG